AUGAAAAUAAAAGUAAGAACGCUUCAGAACAACGAAGAAGAAAUCAAUGUUGACAAUGAUGAUACCAUUUUAGACGUGAAAAAAAAAAUAGGGGUGGCAUUCCCCGAAAUGCCAUACGAUAAACAGAAGCUCAUUUUUAGUGGAAAUAUAUUAAAGGACGAAAGCAAAGCAAUGGAUAUAUUAAAAGAAAAUGACAUAGUUAUUGUUAUGGCAUGUAAGAAGAUAUUUAGUUCUACGAAAAAUAACCAGACAAAGGAAUCAUCAUCGAAAGAUGUUAUUAAAAGUAAUGAAAAGGCGUCGUCUUUGCCCCCCAAUUGUGAUCAGAAUAAUGCCACUUCGAAUGCACCAGAGGAAGGCACAGAAAAUAGAAGCCUCAACAGCGCAGAAUCAGCCCUCGUCACUGGGGAAAAGCUAAAAGAGACCAUAGACAAUAUCUGCGCUAUGGGAUUUGAAAGAGAAACCGUAAAAAAGGCUAUGAUGAUGGCAUUUAACAAUCCCAACAGAGCUAUAGAUUAUCUGACCAACGGGUUUCCUGAAGAAAGCCAAGUGAACGAAAUAAAUGCAAUCAAUACAAUUACCGGGAUGAACGAAAUGAACCCCCUGAACGCAAUGCCUGAUGUGAAUGAAACGAACGAGACGAACGAAACGAAUGAAACGAACGACAACUCGUACGAAAGAGAAGAUAAUGAAAAUGCUCCCAGUUUGCCAAACCUUUUAAAUAAUUAUAAUUCCCUUGCAGAUAACUCUGGACAAAGUGUAGCGGAUACUCCAGAUCAGUUUAGAAGCUCCCCUUUUUUUAAUAUCCUACGUGAUGUAGCUUUAUCGAAUCCACAACGCAUUCCAGAAAUUUUAGAAAUGAUUGGGAGAACAGAUCCUUCCUUUUUAGAAUUUAUUCGAGAAAACCAAGGCGAAUUUAUAAGGGCCAUUCAAAAUUAUGGAAAUAAUGAUCAUGUAGGUAGUUCGGAAAAUGAUUUAAUGGAAGGUGAAGAAUUUGCUGAUCCAGGAAACUUAAAUAUUACCGACCCAAAUAAUGAAAAUUUCCAAAUUCCCAUUACGCCUUUAAAUGAGAACGAAAUGGAGAGUAUUAAAAAGUUGGAAUCGCUUGGAUUUCCGAAGCACUUAGCGUUGGAAGCUUUCAUUGCAUGUGAUAAGAAUGAGGAAAUGGCCGCCAACUAUUUGUUUGAAAAUAUGAAUGACUACACGUCGGACUAG